AUGCCCAUAUCCUUCAGCUACGGGCUCCUGCAUGCCCCGCGAUUCUCAACACUCACUGCCGCCUUCUUUCACCAUGCGGCUACACGUCCUGAUGAUAUUGCUGCUCGGGAUCUGUCCAUGGAGCCACCGGCAAGUAUCACUUACGGGGAACUGGCAUCUCGAAGUGCUAGACUCGCACACAAGUUGCGGAAACUAGGUGUUGUUCCAGGAGACCGGGUCCCUCUUGUAGUAAAGAGGGGUAUUGACAUGCUGGUUGGCAUCAUGUCUGUUCUCUCUUGCCGAGCCCAAUAUGUUCCCCUUGAUGGGACUGUCGUCCCAGAUGCAACACUACAAUUCGUCUUAGAUCAAACUCGUGGGUGCACCGUAUUGGCUUUGCGGUCCACUCUUCAUCGACUGAAACACAUUCCUGGAUCAAAAGUAAUCGCGAUCGAUGAAAUUGAUCAUGACGGAACGGAUCACUACUCUUUUCACAGAGUACCACCUUGCCCCGUCAGGCCAGAUGACGGAUGCUAUGUGAUCUACACCUCAGGAACCUCUGGUACACCCAAAGGUGUCGAUGUCACCCACCAAAAUGUCACAAACCUCAUCUGCCAGUCACCAGGGGAUCUAGGAAUUAAGCCAGGUACCCGUGUUGGUCAAGUUUUGAGCAUUAGCUUCGACAUGGCGGCGUGGGAAAUGCUUGGCUGUCUUGUGAACGGAGGCACCCUGAUUCUCCGAGGCUCAAACUGGCAAAGAGCAUUGCAAGAGAUUGAUGUUCUUAUAUGCACCCCGAGCAUACUCGCCAAAUACACACCUGCGGACUACCCCAACAUUAAGCUUGUGGCUACUGCUGGCGAACCUUCUUCUCAGAGACUUGCGGAUGCCUGGGCUUCUCACUGCACUUAUUACAAUUGUUGUGGCCCAACUGAAACCACUAUUGUCAAUACGAUGCACAGACACCAGCCCGGCCAGCGAUUAUCUAUCGGCGUGCCGACACCAAACAACAACGUCUACUUAAUUGGCAAUGACAACCUUCCUGUGGGAAUUGGUGAGAUUGGCGUUAUGUGGGCUGGUGGAUUAGGCGUGACUCGUGGCUAUGUUGCUCUGCCGCAGACAACGGCUGAAAAAUACGUCUUUGACACUUUUAAAAACGACAGAUCCAAAAUGUACAAUACAGGAGAUCUUUGCAGAUGGAACGCCGAUGGCUCCAUAGAAAUCCUGGGUCGAGCUGAUGACCAAGUUAAAGUCAAGGGUUUCCGAGUAGAGCUUGACGGGGUUACUGCAUCUCUCGACUCUUGCCCUUCUGUCCAAAGAGCGGCUGCUGUUCUCGUCAACGGGGAGAUUCAUGGAUUUCUCACGCCCCAGGACUGUGAUCUUGAGGUGGUGGUGAAAUCCAUCAAGAGCCGUCAGCCGUAUUAUGCGAUCCCAUCUCAAUUCCACUUGCUGGACUCAUUGCCUAUGACGAGCAAUGGAAAGAUUGACAAGAAAGCUCUCAUGGCGAAGGGGGCUGCCGCUGAUUGGAACUCUCUCUCCAGCCAGGAGACAUCCACAGUGCCCAUUCGCUAUCCUAAAGCCGCUCAUUUGGGUCACAGCAGGUCCGACUCCUCAGCAUCAACGUUGACACAGAACAGCUCAGCUUCUGAAAAGUCAGAUGUCACUGCAGUCGAAGACGAUAUCGACCUAGAAGCUGCUCUUCCAGAGAAGAGGAUCCGAAAACACGUCCGUGGUCUAAGAUACCGUGCCCUCAUUGUCUACCGUCGUCUAUUUACUUUAGUCGGCGUGUUCAACAUCGCAGCAACCAUGGCGCUUGUGUUUUCUGGGAUCCAGAGAGAAUGGAUCAGCACGAUCAUAGCCAUCAACCUCGCCAUUGCUGUCCUCAUUCGACAAGACUUUGUCAUCAAUGCUCUAUAUACUAUUGCCUGCAGCGUGCCAAAAUCUUGGCCACUCUGCAUCCGAACUCGAUGCGCGAAGAUAUACCAUCUUGGUGGCGUUCACUCCGGCGCCGCGAUAGGCGCUGGUACUUGGCUCCUGGCUUCCAAUAUCGGCGACAUUGUUUGUAUGACAUCGACAUGCACAAACUGGGGCCAGCAAUCUCUUGGUGGAAAAGUAGUGUCCUGGGUCCUCUCAGCUCUCUUCUUCGCCAUGUUCGUGCUUGCGUGGCCGUCGAUACGCAAGACGCAUCACAACCUGUUCGAGAAAACACAUCGCCUGAUCGGAUGGACCAUGCUUGGUCUGUUUUGGGCCCAGGUGCUCAUUGCCUGCAACGACACUAAGGGUGUAGACAUGUCCUUUGGCGGUGCAUGCGUGCGGUCAGCUUCAUUCUGGCUCCUCGCUGUUGCCACUGCAAGCGUCGCCUCGUCGUGGCUCUUUCUCCGCAAGGUGCCUGUUCAAGCAGAAGUCCUCUCAGACCACGCUGUGCGACUCCAUUUCGAUUACACAGUGCCCGUCAACGGAUCUUUCACCCGUCUAUCUAAGCGUCCUCUGCUAGAGUGGCAUUCUUUCGCCACUAUCCCAGCCCCAGAGGUUAGCAAAGGACGCCCAAAGGGUUAUUCCCUUAUUGUCUCGAAUGCGGGAGACUGGACCAAGUCAACCAUACAGCAAGCACCAACCCAUAUUUGGACUCGCGGCGUGCCUACUUGUGGCGUUAUGCGUAUCGCUACACUCUUCAAUCGGGUGGUCCUAAUUGCCACGGGAUCAGGCAUUGGGCCUGUUUUGGGGCAUAUCCAGAACCAAUCUUGCGAAACCCAGCUCAUCUGGUCUACGUCUCAACCGGAAAAGGCAUUUGGGCACGAUCUUUGCGACACCAUCGAGAACAAAGUGCCUGGCGCCGUCAUUCAUGACACCAAAAGACUGGGUCGCCCAGAUCUCGUCAAGAUGGGCUUUAACUUGGCAAAAGGGUUCAAAGCGGAGGCUGUCAUCAUUAUUGCGAACGAGAAGAUCACAAAGAAGGUGGUAUAUGGACUUGAGACGAGAGGAAUGCCUGCAUAUGGGGCUAUUUGGGACAGCUAAAGACCUCAAUUCGGCGUGUUGAGACACCUUGAUCCUUUUCAGUUGCGGGCCUGCAUUUUCCACCUAGUCUUAUGCGAGUGGCCUCUCAUUUUUCGAGCCUACUUUUGGGUAUCAGCUCUGGCGAAUGGUGUAUUUUGAUCGGGGAGUAGCGGGAUGUUCUUUCGGAGCUUUAGGGGAC